AUGUCUUCACCACUUCUUGUCUACGCUCCAACUAAUGACAUUCGCAAAUCUCGCAACACACCAACAACUCCCAUUAUGAUCAAAUCCACCAAUGUUGCAUUCUCUGAUGUUAUUCCCAUCAAAAACAAGAAUAGAGGACUAGAAUUCUUUGUUGAGUUCUUGAAAAGUCAUCUGCUGAGAUACAUACUUGUUGACACUGCUAAUUUACUCUUGCCCUAUAAUAUCUUUGAGUUCGACUAUACUUGCACCUAUAGUGAUCAUCCUGAUAUCAUUCAAGGAACCAUUGGAGAUGGCCUACAUGCAAUUUGUCUCUAUACCCAUGAUCAAACUGAGGGGGGGUUUCAUCAUGAUCAACCUAAUCAGCCUGAUGUUCCUACCCAGGUUCUUAUUGCUCUUCGGACACUUAUUGGGUUAACUAGUAUUUUUGUUGAACAUCAAGAUAUAUUGGAAAGAGAUAUUGUUGCUAUCAAAGAAGAUGUUGCUUCUAUCACGAGAGUUGUUUUUCCAUCUUCCUUAACUACUCCAUCAUCAGGUGUACCUCCUCAACCACCACCUCCUCCCUUAAGUAAUCAAAAACCUCAAAAUACUGGUUCCACACUACUUCCUCCACCUUCUCAUGCUACUCCUGUAGUUGAAACUACUUCAAAAGAACCAACCCCUACUCCCUCACCUCUAGUUGCUACUGGUGUAUCCUAUAAUAAUGUCAAAAAGAGGGAGAGUUCAAAACCACCUGCAUCUGAUCUACAAGUUGAUUAUGUAUCUACAUAUUAUGAUGGUGAAGCUUCUACAUUCAUUGAUCAAGAUGAAGAAGGAUUUCUAGAACUUGCUUUAUUGGUGACGCUGUUCAAGUUGCUAUUCCACUUACUGUAG